CAGCAGUUUCGCAACCUGCCCGAAAGCAUCGUGAAGGAGCACCUGCUACCCUUCCUGUGCCACGAGAGCUGGUACAACGGGCACCAGUUCUGCUUCGAGCAGCUCAGAGGAGCAGGGGCGCACAUGCUGGAUCGCGGCUCCUGGAAGCACGCGGCCUUCCAAUGGGCCGAGGACGUCUACCACCUCGCCGGCACAAACCGGGCCAAGUGGAACACCCUGGGCAGGGUGAGCCAAGAAGCUCUUGCGAACAAUCUCAACUGCCACACCCUCUUUCUGGGCGACGCGGUCCGGGAGGUCUUGUCGCUUCAAGGGCUGUCGUUGAACUUUGAGCUCGUCGCGGCCGAAGUCGCAGCCCUACGCUUGCUGCCAAAGGAAGCGGCGCGGCGCUCGAUCCUUACCAGGUACAAGGUCGCGAAAUUCCAGCGAAAGCUUCUGGUGCCCCGCUCGAUAGAGGGCUUGGAGCGCGAGUUCAGAAGCUUUUCCCAGCUCGUCCACGAGGACCUCGUCGAGGAGCCAGUCCAGCCGGACGCCCACGAAUUCUGCUACGACGAUGGCAGCGUCGAUGUGGUCUACUGGCCGAUGAUGCGAGAGGCGCAACUCCGUGCUGCUGCCCGGCAGCGCUGGGCACGCGGCACUGGACUCCACAUGCACGACAAGCCCGUCAGCUUCAACGCGCGCCGCUAUCACACCCACGAGGGCAGCAUGUGGGCUCUGGCUGCCUACGUCCCGCAAGCCUAUGCUCGGGCGACGGAGCAACACCGGCAAGCGCUCAGAGAAGCGGGCUUCCCGUUGCCUGCGUAA